AUGAGACCUACACAAGCCCUAUCGGUCGGCCGAUACCGCCACAUCAGGCUCACAACCAAGGAUGUUGGAAAGGGCUUCUACAAGGGUAACCGCACUGGUUCCAUGGGUCGACACACAAAGUACGGAGGCUACGUUAUCGAGUGGAACAAGGUCCGAACAUAUGCUGUGCCACCGCUGAAGGACUUCAAGCUUACACCUUUCGUGAGCCGACAAGUCAAGGCGGAGCCUGGUGACUACAAGGGUCUCGAUAAGGGUCCUCAAGAUCCUUACUUCUACGUUGAACAAUGGAAACGAUUCAACGGUGUGGAUUAA